AUGCUGGGCCUGUUCAGCCAAACAACUGCACCUGAGGUCCAUAAGUACGAAGUGCAGAUCUUCUCCAGAGAUCCCCUCAUCUUGCACAUCAGUGGCUUCAUGUCACAUAGUGAGAUAGAACACGUUCUCAAGAUCACUGAUGGGAAAUGGGAAACUUCGAAGAUCUAUCCAAAUGGGGAGGCUUAUGUAGAUACGGACGUUAGAAUAUCUGAAAUGGCACCCGUACCAAGAAAGGAUCCUAUAACUCGAGGUAUCGUCAAGAGAGCGAAGACCCUCCAGGGUUGGAGAGGUAACGGUACAUUUAUCGAGCAAAUGAAGGCGCAGCGAUAUUCUGUCAACGGAUUCUUUGCCUGGCACGAGGACUACGAUGGGCGAAUGGAUAUUGGAAAUCGUGUCACAACAUUCAUGGUUUAUCUUAACGAUGACUUCACAGGUGGCGGAACAAACUUCCCUCUGAUCCAGCGUCCAGCAGAUAAACGAUGGUGUCGCGUGGUAGAGUGUGAGGAUACUGAAUAUCCCGGGGUUACAUUCAAGCCGAAGAAAGGCUCCGCUGUCUUUUGGGAAAACAUGUACCCGAAUGGCUCCUUUCACCCUGAUGUACGCCAUGCUUCACUGCCAGUUACUUCGGGGGAGAAGCUGGGGCUUAACAUCUUUGGGUGGGACAAGAAUUGGAUUCUGCCUCACUGA